AUGAUUCUCAUCACUGGAUUGUUUGGGUGCCCCAACAAUUGGGUGACCAAACCGCAGUUUGGUGGGCUGGGGAUUGGCAAGGCCAAGAACUGCCCUGGCUGGCGGUUGGACCGACCGGCGCUUGACGACUGGCAGGGUAUCUCAAGUGUGGUGAAUGAUCCAAUAAACCCACCAAGUUUUGGACAGCUAUCUCAGAUUGCCAGCUCUUUGAUGUCAGCAUCUGCUGGUCUUGGAUCUGCAAUGGGGUCAGUAGUGGAUAGUGGGAACUGUGAUCAAGUUCCAGCAGCAAAGCUACUGAAUUGCAGGGCACAAGACAAUAAGAUGUCGGUUGUUGAUGCACCUUUUCCACCUGCUGUCAUGGACAAGGUUGAACCCAAAGACCCACAGAUGAUCAUGUGUUGUGCUCAGUAUGAAGCCAAGCGAAAAGCAUCUGGUGACUUGAUGGUUGGCCUCACAGACACCAUCAACACCGUUGGUGAAACAAUGCUGAAACAAAUGGUCGCUGGAGAAACCCAGAAGAUCGAAAGUCCCUCUGGUGCCACGUUGUCUGUAAUAAAGAAAACAAAGGCAGAAAUUCUGGCAAACCCAAUUUCAAUCUCGACUCCAUCAGGGAAUUUGAAUAUUAAAUUCCCUGCUGACAUGCCUUGUUUGGAUGGAAAUUGUGGCUUGGCCAUGCCGAUAGUCGCCAGUUCUUCUCCUUCGAACAUUUUGGUGAAACAAACGGAUUCCAAGUGGAAAAACACACAGGCUGAAAUGACGAACACAACAGUCAAGGUUGUUUACGAGGUUGUGGAAUUUGAAAAUGGCAAAGGAGGAAGCAUCAUCACAACUUUGGAAACCGAAACCGACAUUAGCAACUUGAAUCUGUACAUUUUGGUUAAUCAGGGCUCUUAUCCAUCUCCAAUCAAGGGACAAUUCGACGCAGUCAACUCAAAAUCUGUUGCCAAGUUGACAAAAUCCAAUGGUGCUUACAGCAUUAAAGUGCCAAUUAAUGAGACACGACCGGGUCCAAUGUUUUUCGGAUUGGUCGAGUUUAAAGAUGGAAAAACUUUGGAUCAAAUUGCUGCUUUGGCUGAUUGGGACAACUUCAAGUCUUUUAUCAAUGAAAAACUCAACCUGACUUUCAAGCUCUCGUCAACUUUAAUGGCUGGAAGUUUCUUCGACACCAAAACGUCCCAGUGGUCAAGUGCUGGAGUCAGGAUGACAGGAUAUGCAGACGGAUUGGCAGAAGUGGAGACAUAUCAUUUGUCAACAUUUGGAGCCGGGCUUUUCGUGAAACCGAACGCAAUUGACUUCAGCAACGUUUUCGCCAACGCGGGUUUUUCCGACAAUAUCACAAUUUAUUUGACUCUGAUCCUCACGAUAUGUAUCUACGUGUCUCUGCUCAUUUGGGCUCGUAUCAAGGACAAGAAGGACAAAGAAAAGGUGGGAGCGUUGCCAGUCGCGGAUAAUGACCCGAGGGACAAGUACAUUUAUGAAAUCCUGGUGCAAACUGGGGACCAAAACAGCGCAGCAACUGAUUCCACAGUCCACUUUAUUUUGAAUGGAGACGAAGAUGAGACGGAAAUUCGAACUUUGGUGGACCCGAAACGUGCCCCGAGGAGAGUCUUGGAUCGCGGAGCGUUGGAUGCUUUCGUCUUGGCUUGCCCCAGGCCACUCGGGAAAUUGAGUUUCUUGCGGAUUUGGCACGACAAUUCGGGAAUCGGCCAGAAAAAGUCUUGGUUUCUGAGCUACGUCGCAGUUCGAGACGUUCAAACCGGGGAUGUUUUCGAGUUUGUGUGCCACAAUUGGUUUGCAGUGGAAAAGGGAGACGGACAAAUUGAAAGACUGAUACCAGUUUCCGGGGAUGAGGAGAAGCAGCAGUUCAGCUUCCUCUUCAAUACCACGUCUUCGAAGAAUCUCAGAGACAAUCAUUUGUGGUUUUCGGUUUUCAUGAGACCAGCAAGAAGCAGAUUCACCAGGACUCAAAGGGUCUCCAGUUGUAUGGCAUUACUGUAUUUGUCAAUGUUGACAAAUGCAAUGUGGUAUGGAACAAUCCCGCAGAAAACGGGACAAGGCACUCUGAAAUUCGGCCCGUUUUGCAUCAGUCCCGAGCAGAUUGGAGUUGGAUUGAUGUCGACAUUGGUUUGCUUUCCACCAACUUUGCUCAUUAUCCAACUCUUCAGGAAAUCAAGGCCCAGGAAGCUGCGGAAAUCUAGGAUUGACGAAGCUCUGAAAAUUGACGGAAGACAACCAGAUCCCAACAGGAAAGGAAUUCUGCCAAGAAACAAAAGUUUUUCUCUACCUUGGUGGUGUGUGAUUGUGGCGUGGAUUUUGGUCAUCAUUUGCUUCUGUGUGUCAAUAUUCUUCCUCUGGGCAUAUGGGAUCCAAUUUGGCAAUGAAAAGGCCACCAAAUGGGUGUCUUCUCUCAUAUUUUCCUUCCUCUCAUCUGUCAUGGUUGUGGAACCAAUCAAGAUUUUAUGCCUUGCAAUGGUCUUCAGUGCAGUUUGCAAAAGUGCUGACACUGCUGAUGAUGCAGAUGAGGAUGAAGAAGACCCUGCCUUGGAAUGGGAUGAGAGUUACCUUCAAUAUCCUUCAAGACAAAAGAGAGAAUCAGGGAAAUCAAGUAUGCAGUUACCGACUCCUGAACAACUGGAAGCAACAAGAAAACAGCGCCAGAAUGAAACUAGAAUGUGGUCCAUGUUCAAGGAAAUCUUUUUCUAUUCUGUAUACCUCACCAUUGUGGUCACACUGUCUUAUGGAGAUCAGGAUCCAAAUGGCCACUUCUUGCAAGGACACCUCAGGGACUCUUUCACUCAUCCAGGGAAUAAUACUAAUUUUGAAGAGUGUAAAGUUACAACAGUCCAGUUAGUUGUUUUACUAACCACCCUCACCCAGUCGUUUCAGAAUAAGGUCGUCGAGUCCCGGGUCUUAACCAUGUUACCCCUACCUGCUCAAGGACUUGGGGGGUUUUUGGAUGAUAGAUCAAACAGAAUGCUUGGUUAUGGCAUCAUUAGACAAGUCAGGGUCAAGAAGAACAGCUGCAGGGUUCCCUCAAAAGCUUACCCAACCAUCAAGGAAUGUGCUGGCUUCACAAACCUCAUCAAUGAGGAGAAGAAGAAUUUUUGUCCUGGAUGGAAACCCUGGGCAAUUGACUGUGACACUGAGGAGUUCAAGUACAAGAAGGCUUUAGAACUGGAUGCAUUCCCAUACACUGGGUCCCUUGACAUUUACAGUGGAGGAGGCUAUGUCUUCAAGUUACAAGGAAGGCAAUCAGAAAUCAAGCAAAGAUUGCUGGAACUGAGGGACAUGAAUUGGGCAGACCGAUUGACCAGAGCUCUUUUCGUCGAAUUUUCCAUUUAUAAUGCUCAAGAUUCUGAAGCAACUGCUUUUGGUAUAAGCGUCCAAUUGGAGAAACGCUGUCACGCUUACUGGUCACUCCAGUACGGUCCACCACCUUACCACAGUUUUUAG